AUGGUCAUUCCCAAGAUGAUCCAUCAGUCGUGGAAGACUGCUCACCGCAUUCCACAGGCGCUGGCGCCUUGGAUUCGCACGUGGCGGACGCUCCAUCCGUCGUGGAUGUACAUGUUUUGGGACGACCACGAUAACCUGCGUCUGUUCGAAGUGCCCUUUCCCGACUUGUACGACGUCGCGAAGGCCGUGAGCGAACUGGCCGACAUGGCUCGGGUCGCGCUGCUGUACCAGUACGGCGGGGUUUGCAUCGACGUCGACUUUGAAUGCCUCUGA